AGCGCCCGUUCGGUGCUGAGCAAUAACGUGCAGGCAUGAGCAAGUGUUGCUUGCCAACACCGCCGAGUCUCGCCUGGUUUGUAAACGCGUCGUCAUCCUGCAUAAGCUCCGGACGACUCUCCCCAGCGUCACCUCAGCAGCACGAAAUAGCAAAGGGCCCGACAACUAGUGACGUUCGAACAAGAGGUCAACGCGAGAGGCUGUCUCUUGUUCUUCUCUGUAGUGUACAGACCGUCUGUUACUGCAUCGCCAAGUUGCUUCGCACGCCGACGUUGUCUUCGAGCCGACCCGACCGACCAACCAACAGACUGACUGACUGAUUGACCUAUCGACUGAUUGACCUCUCGACUGAUCGCUCGAACCGGUUGACGACAUCUCUCUCCAACGAAC